AUGAAUUCCACUGCAAAGGAGAUUCGAGGUAGUCUUCUUUACUUCAAUAAUGCUGCUGACAUCUGGAAUGAAUUAAAGAUUCGAUACCUGCGUAGUGAUGGUCCAAGAGUAUUUGCUUUGGAAAAAUCCUUGAGUUCUAUUUCUCAGGGCUCAAGUUCAAUCACUGAAUACUUUAGUGGUUUCAAAGCACUAUGGGAUGAAUAUGUUAGUUAUCGUCCCCUUCCCACUUGUAAUUGUGGUUUUAUGGAAAAAUGCACCUGUUCAGUAUUCAAGAAUCUUGCUGAUCAACAACAAGUUGACUAUGUCAUGAAAUUCUUGAUUGGAUUACAUAAUUCUUUUUCAGCAAUUCGUAGCCAACUAUUGCUUCUAUCUCCCUUACCAUCAAUGGGCAAGGUUUUCUCCUUAUUGAUACAAGAAGAAAGCCAACGUUCUUUAACUAAUGCAGUACAUAUCCCUCUUGAUUCCCAUGCUAUGGCUGCUGCACAACCAUUCACACAAACUUCUUCAAAUGCUGUUAAAUUCAGCAAAGUCAUAGGUAAAACAGAUGUCAUUUGCUCCCAUUGUGGAUUUUCUGGACAUCUUGUAGAUAAGUGUUUCCAACUUAUAGGCUAUCCACCAGGAUGGAAAGUGCCUCGAGGAAAAAGAAGUAAUUCUACGCGAUUGCCCAAUGCAAACUUUGCAUCUUCUAUGGAGCAAAACUUAAACAACCCAUCUAUGUUCUUUUCUCAAGAGCAAAUACAGAAUUUGAUGACUCUUGCAAAUAGUCUAUCUAUUUCUUCUAUCAAUUCCAAUCCUGCAGCUAACACUGUCUCUACAUCAGGUAAUAAUCCCAUUCUUUAUUCAGCCAAUGUCUCAUUAAAUCCUAUCUCUCCUUGGAUAUUAGAUACUGGAGCAACAGAUCAUAUGAUCUGUUCUCCUCACUUGUUCACCUUUAUAAAAAUCCCACCAAGAACUUCUUCAAUUCAUUUACCAAAUGGUCACUCAGUUCCUAUCAUCUUUACUGGCACUGUUAAAUACUCUCCUGAUCUAGUUUUACACAAUGCUCUCUAUGUUCCUUCUUUUCACUUUGUAACGUUCGAACUUAUAAUUAUCCCGCCUACCAUUUAUAUAGUACGUUUGAACUUAACUUGA